AGUGCGGAAAAGUCUUGGAAACAAGGAAACAAAUAUGGCUGACGGCGAUGGAAAAUUUUAUAACGUGCAGCCUAAAUGGAUGGCUACAGAUCAAAUAGACGGAGUUUUAGAGUAUUUAAAAGCAAUUGAUUGGACAGAAAAAUGGCUGAUUUUUUUAAUGAUUCUUCACAUACUGGUGUUCAUGAUAAUAAUUUUAAAUCGUAACAGAACUAAUAUCUUGGCUUUCGUGUUCGUUUUUUUGUUGAUGUGUGUGUACUUCUCAGAGAAACUGAAUCAGUUUGCAGCCAAAAAUUGGAGAUUGUUUGCCAGUGAGCAAUAUUUUGACUCUCCUGGCCUAUUUAUGUCUGUUAUUUUCUCAACGCCAAUAUUGUUCAACAGCUUGGUGAUUAUUGUGAUUUGGCUAUGGGAGUCGUCAAAAACUAUGUCCGUUAUUACAAAGCAUCGUCGUAGAAUUUACCAAAAUGCUCAGCAUGAGAACAGAAAAACUUGUAAUGAAACCAAGUCAGUAGAAAUGGACAAAAAAGCUAAGUGAACUUAAUUAAUUACCUUUCAUGAUAUUGUAUUAUUGAAUAUAAAACAGUUGUAAAGGGAUCAUAAUUAUUUGAAAACUCGAGUAAUUAUGAUUAUAAUAAUUUUAUAGCUACAUACUUCAGUAUUGACAUUAUUUUCAUCAUUGUGAUUAAUUUCUAUACCACAUAAAUUAAUUGAAUUAAAUAUUACCAUGGAUCCCUA